AUGUUCGCUCUUGGCAAGACUUACUUUACCCCUUUGGGAGAUUUCAUGGAUCAACAUGAUUUCGCCAUUAAAGAAAAGCUUGCUGAUGUUAAAGAUACUUCUUCUGAAGUUAAACAACUUGAAGAACAAGCAAAUGCUAUAAUUCGUGUUGCACGUGCUGAGAUUUCUGCUGAUUUCAGUGGGAUUGAAGGUUCAUUUGGCUGCGAAAAGGGUGGGGGCUGGGCUGAUUUCUGUGAGGGUUGGGGGUUGGGGGUUGGGCUGAUUUCGAGUGGUGGUGACUAUGGUGGUUGUGUGGCUAGAGGGAGAAGAGGUGGGGGAGGUGAUUGGGCUGGGGUGGUGUGGUUGGGUUGGGGUGGAAGAAUGGGUGAGGAAAUGGUUUUGGAAUUUUGUUUUUUUAUUUAAUUUUCUUUUUUUUUUAGUUGAGAUUAUUAAAAGUAAGUAAUAGUUAGGAAUUAUUUUUGAUUGAUGAGAGAUAGUUAGGAUAUUUUGAGCAAAUUAAUAUCAUUAAUCUAACCUAAACAUCAUUAAUCUAACCUAAACAACAUAAUCCCAGCCAUUACACAGAUUCUUAUAUAAGACGAUCUCACUGUGAGACAUGCUUUAUAUUUGUGUUAAACAACAUUUAGCAGAUGGACUUUUUUUUAUAUAUAUAUAUUUUUUGAUGAUGCAAAAUAUUUAUAGAUGAAACGUGUACUUUUUGAAUGCACUCUUCUUUCCUUUAAGUUUGCACAAUAUAAUAAAAAUUUUGAUAUAUUUCAGUCAUAUAAUGCAAACUUAAAGGGGCAGAGGAAGUAACUUAGUUUCAUUCAUUCAGUGUUUUUGCGUGUACUCGUGAAAUUGUUUCAUAAUAAGAAUUGUGCUUUACUUUUAGAAUUAGAAUUUUUGGGUUGGAGGGUAUUAGGUUCAUGAAUGCGCUCUUCGUCCCUUUAAACUUGCAUUAUAUGAUUAUAAAUACUUUUACAUAUUUGAGUUUUAUGGUGCAAAUUUAAAGAGACAAAAAAAAGUAUUGCUUAAGUUCAUUCAAUCAAUAUUUUGCGGCCUACUUUG